AUGUCGAACAUUGGUGGCAUUGCCUCGGCCAUAUCCUGGUCUCCCACGUCCACCACCUCAAGCUCGUCUUCGGCGUGGUCUGGUCCCAGGCACGCGAACCAGAGCUGGUGUGGAUCGGCGCCCGCUAUUAAGCCGGGCAUGAGGGACAGGCCCGGGUUUCCUGCAGUGGCGACUCCAUUCGCUUGCCUGGAGAUCAGAUCAGACUAUGAUAAGAACAAGAUCCUGCACUACACUCUGCAGGGGCCCGGGGCCAACGAAGAACCACUGAACCGGUUUACUGUGGAUCAGCACACUGGCCUGGUGUAUAUCCAAGGAACACUGGACCGAGAGGAGAAGGAAACUUAUAUUCUGACUGGAUUGGCUUUAUUUAGCAACGGCAGUGUGGCUGAAGGCACUCUGGUUGGCGUUGUAAAAGCUACUGAUGCAGACAAGGCUAACUAUUACCAUUCAAAGAUUGCCUACAGUAUUGAGAAGCAGGAGCCCUCUGAUGGCAGAGACCUCUUCUACAUAGACAGAGAAAGUGGAACCAUCUACGUCAAAGAAAACACCACAGACAGAGAGAAACAAAGCUCCUAUAUUCUAACAGUGAAAGGAAUUGAUAUGGACGGAGCUCCAAGAGGCAACACAGCCACCGCAACUAUAUAUAUCCGAGUACUGGAUAUAAAUGAUAACCCACCCAAGCUGGAAAAAUACGAGUAUGCAUGUAGCAUUGUGGAGAACACAGCCGAUGUGGAGGUCAUGAGGUUUAAAACGCUGGAUGCUGAUGAGGAGAGAACUGACAACUGGCUGGCUGUUUUUGAUAUUGUCACUGGAAAUGAAGACGGGAUAUUCAGCAUAAAGACUGAUCCCCACACCAACGAAGGGAUUCUGUUGCUUGUAAAGCCUGUUGAUUUUGAGGCAAAUCCUGAUAUCCACCUGGGAGUUGCAGUUUCCAAUGUUGCCCCAAAUGAAGGGGAUUGGGGUGGUGAUGAGGGGGGUCAAGGAGGAGGAGGUGCCGGAGGUGGAGGAGGAGGUGGAGGUGGAGGAGGUGCGGGUGCGGGUGCGGGUGCGGGUGGAGGUGGAGGAGGAGGUGCAACUGGGGCAACUGGCUUUAAACUUUACCCCGUGAACAUCGCAGUAUUGAAUGAGAUUGAAGGGGUCGCCUUUAAACCCUCAGUGAAGCCUGUCUCUGUGUCUGAGAACCCGAAGGAGAAUCCACUGAAGGAGGUGAUCGCUGUCUACACAGCCACUGACGUUGACACUGAAAAGCCUGCUAAAAAUGUUCGAUAUGCCAAAGGCUACGAUCCGGAGAACUGGCUGCUGAUUGACUCAGAGACAGCAGAGAUUAGACUUCAGAAGGCCCCAGACAGAGAGUCCCCGUACUUGGUUAAUGGAACUUACUAUGCUAAAAUACUGAGUAUGACUGAAGACAACCCUCCUAAGAUGAGCACCGGAACAAUAGCAUUGCAGGUGGGAGAUGUAAAUGAUAACUGCCCAACACUGACCAAGCAAAAAGAGCACAUCUGCUCGGACACUGAAAUACUUACCGUCACGGCAGUGGAUUCCGAUGGAGACCCAAACUCAGCCCCUUUCAACUUCCUUGUUGUGUCUGGGAAAAGCCAGGGGGAGUGGAGGGUUGAACCUUUAAAUGGUACCAGUACGUCCCUCAGGACUCUGAAAGCACUCUGGCCGGGUCACUACCAGGUUGUCUUCAUUAUCGAGGACCAGCAGGGCCUCGUCUGCCCAGACCCUCAGUACCUGGACCUGCACGAUGUCCCUCUGCUCAGAUCUCCAGUUCAUAGGUCGCAUCCUGCCAUAUAUUCUGUAUGGGCCAGCAACGCAGAUUUCAACACCACAGCAAACACUGCAAUGUCCUUUGUGAAGAUGGGCACAGCUAACAAAACAUAUAAUUCUUCAUGCUGGGUCGACAUGGGCCACCGGGACAGCAGGCUCUUGGAGAGCCAGAGGGAGGAAUACUCAAUGUUUCAGAAUGAAGCAUUGGAUGGCAUUGCCCUCUCUGAUGUGUUUCUGCAUCAGUACUACUCUGAGAAGGCGAGCUGUAUAGCAGAAAAGCAGGCAGCGAGUGAUUGUCUUUUGGAGUAUGACUACGAGGGUCGGGGCUCCUCUGCUGGCUCAGUGAGCUGCUGCAGCCCCCUGGAGUCUGACAAUGAUCUGCACUUCCUCGAUGACCUCGAAUCAAAGUUCAAGACCCUGGCUGAGAUCUGUUCUCCACCGAAACCUCCAACAACUCUGAUACAUCAAAGCAUUGUCCCCCCAGAGGUGGAUACAAUUGACCACGUAGCAGGGCUCUCAUUGGAGAUUAAAGCCAACAACUUAUGUGGCAAGAGUCUAGAGCGCAAUCAAGAUGUCGGUAUCAGUCAGUCCACGGAUGUCGUGAGAUCUCACCGAGCUUCCACCGGCAGCAUGCAUGGGCAAACAUCCAACAGUGUCAUGGGAUUCAAUGGAACAGCUUCCAGCAGUCAGCAUAGGCUGUCGUCACACAGCAUCCAAUGGCAGCCUCAGUCACCUCUUGUUAGUCCUGUUAGCUUGCUGCCCUCUCCUGUUCAGGUAAUCGUACCACAGCAGCAGCAGCAGCCUGUCUACUACAUCAGCUCCACUGUGAUGCAGCCGAUGAACUACAUAGUUCAACCACAGCUGCAGAGCACCAUGCUGCUGGCUGAAGUUCCUGUCAGCAGCCUGCAGACCAUGAUUCUGUACGAGGGGAACACUGCUGGGUCCCUACCUCUUGGUACAAACAAGAGGCGACAGAGUGGCAGAGUAGGACCAGGGAGAGGGGACAUGGCGAAGGUCUCAUGUCCCAGGAAAGAAGAUGGGUGUCAGCAGGAUGUGUCUUAUAAUCAGAAGGUGGAGUCAGGACAAAGCAGUUUAAUGUUGGGAUACUAA